AUGGCUGAUAACGAACCUACACCCGCUGAGACCGCCGCUGCUAACGCAAAGGAGGCCGAGGAGCAGGCUGCUCUUCCCUACAAGUGGACUCAGACCAUCUCAGAGCUCGACGUCACCUUCAAUGUACCCGGAAACCUCAAGUCGAGAGAUCUCGUCAUUACUAUCAAGAAGCAGAGCCUACAGGCGGGUAUCAAGGGCCAGGAUCCAAUCAUCCAGGGCGAUCUUCCCCACGCCGUCCACGUUGACGACUCUACAUGGACGCUUAGCACCAACUCAGACGGCACCAAGACAGUUGAGAUCCACCUCGACAAGGUGAACAAGAUGGAAUGGUGGGCGCACAUCGUCACAUCCGCCCCCAAGAUCGACGUGACCAAGAUCCAGCCCGACAACUCCAAGCUCUCAGAUCUCGACGGUGAGACCCGCGGCAUGGUCGAGAAGAUGAUGUUCGACCAGCAGCAGAAGGAGAAGGGCCUGCCUAGCUCAGACGAGCAGAAGAAGGCUGAUAUCCUCAAGAAGUUCCAGGAGCAGCAUCCCGAGAUGGACUUUAGCAAGGCCAAGAUCCAGUAA